CUAGGACUGCUCUAGGUAAAAAUCUCUCUAUUGAGGAAUCAAAAAUCGAGGACCUAAUCGAAGUUUAAACAAAACUUUAAGGAUCGCUUUAUAAUUCACUAGGUACAUACUUUAACGCACGACGUCUCACUCCCCUCAGUUGAGUUUCAAGAACUCCUCGAAGAUUCUUUUGGCAGGUUUAAGCAUACGUUUACUGUAGAAGCUGGCAACUAAGUUUCUGCUAACUCUGCAACAUGUCAACUGGACUUGGGCUUGAGUCUCUUGUUGAUCAACAAAUCUCAGUUAUUACAAAUGAUGGACGGAAUAUUGUGGGAAUUUUGAGAGGAUUUGACCAGGCUACAAACUUGAUUCUUGAUGAAUCACAUGAAAGAGUAUAUUCAACAAAGGAAGGUGUGCAGCAACUUGUGUUGGGUCUUUAUAUUAUAAGGGGGGACAACAUAAGCGUCGUUGGGGAAUUAGAUGAAGAGCUGGAUGCCAACUUGGAUAUGUCAAAACUGAGAGCACACCCUCUAAAGCCAGUCGUUCACUGACCUGCAACUUGGUGUGAGAGUGGAAUGAGGGACUUUUGUACAACUAUCAAGUUAAAGCUUCAGACAUGUUCUGUAGCUAAGAACACAAAACUGUUUUAGUUUGUUAGGUGCCAUUAUAUGUCUUUAAGUUUCCCUUUCUGAUAUUAGCUUGUGGAAGAUUUUGAACCCUGAGUGGAUGAAACAUCAGUUGAGGAACUUUUUUACAACUAUCGAAUUAAAAUUGCAGUCAUGUUCUGUGGCUAA